GAAGUUAUGGAUUGCGCGCUGUAAACUUCAGACUAUAUAAGUAGAUAAUUGCCAUAUUGCUUCCAAUCAGACGCUCAGUAGACAUGAAACCGAUUGAGAUAAUAGUCGUAUUUUACAUCGGCACCUUAGCCUGUUACGCCGAGCAGCUUCGUUUCGACAAACACCGGGUGUACUCUGUCAAGGUUCAAAAUGAAGAACAAUUGUUCACGCUUAAAGAGCUGGAAACCGUCCCACAGAAGUACACGUUCCUGGAUGUCCCGGUGGCGAUUAACACUACGGUCCAAGUAGUAGUUCCUCCAGCCUUACAGCAGCAAUUCGAACAGCUCUCAACUCAUUUGAAUCUAAACGUCCACCUAGAUUGUUCUGAUUUACAGAGCGUCAUAGAUAAGGAAAGACCGAAUCGACACAAACGUGCAGACUUCGAUUGGUCCGAUUAUAACACUUUAGAGGAAAUAUACGCCUGGGUAGACAAUCUUGUACAGCAAGAAGAGGAACUGACUGUCGAAACAAUCGGACAAUCGUAUGAGGGACGUGACCUGAAAGUCAUAAAAUUAUCCUAUAAGGAGGGAAAUCCUGGUAUAUUCGUCGAUGCUAAUAUCCAUGCCCGGGAAUGGAUAACCUCUGCUACCGUGACGUGGAUUUUGAACGAACUGGUGCACUCCGAAGAUGAAGCCGUCCGAGAGCUAGCGGAAAGUUAUGACUGGUACAUCUUACCGGUGGCGAACCCUGAUGGAUUCGUCUACACGCACACAACAAACCGACUUUGGAGGAAAACUAGAUACCCAUACACAAUUCUUUGUCAAGGUGCGGACCCUAACCGAAACUUUGACUUCCAAUGGAAUAACGGUGGCGCCUCCUUGAAUCCUUGCUCAGAUACCUUCGCCGGAGAGUACCCUGAAUCUGAGAUAGAAGUCAAAACAAUAUCAGAUUACGUACGAUCGAUUGCCGAAAAUAUUACACUGUAUUUGACAAUCCAUUCCAGGGGGCAAUAUAUCUUGCUUCCAUACGGCUACAAUGAUGCUCCUUACCCAUCCAAUUAUGAUGAUUUAUUACAGAUAGGAAAACGAGCUACCGUUGAUUUAUAUGAAGUUCAUCAGAAGCCCUACCGAGUCGGUACCACGGCCGAUGUUCUUUAUAUCGCCUCUGGUAUUUCGGUAGAUUGGGCCCACGGUGCAGUUGGUAUUCCGUUAUCAUACACGUUUGAACUUCGAGACCAAGGUGAAUUUGGUUUCAUUCUACCGGCCGAUCAGAUUGUGCCAAACGCAGAGGAGGUUUUGGCAGCCUUCAUUGGACUUAUUGACGAGGCUCGAGUUCUUGGAUAUUUUUAAUAUACAAAAAGCUACCUUUAUCGACUUGCGUAGUCUGUUCAAUAAAUCAUUGGGUAUAAAUUGAGAAAUCGUUCGAAAGAAUCGAGAUAAUGGUCUCAAAAAAAUAGCUUCAAUUUUCUUUCAAAGCAAUCUUGUUAUCAUAAAAGGCAUCACCUACGCCUUUUUUUAAUUGUGCAUGUCCCAGACUGCUGUCUGUCUCAUGAGAUUAAAUUCCUACAAAGAUCACUUGACGUUUAUGAAUUAUUCUACUAUCUACUUUCGGGCACUCGACUGUUGAACUUGCUAACUUCGCUUUGCGAUUGUGUACUCCACUCAAACGAAAAAAUGUAUUAUU